AUGAGAUUGGAGAAUAGGUGUGAGAUUACUUAUUGGCACGCUUGGGAAGCUCGUGAGAUUGCUAUUGCAGCUGCUAGAGGUAUACCAGAUCGCAGUUAUGCUAAAAUACCAGCAUAUUUGCAUAUGAUUAAAGAAGCUAAUCAUGAUACGCAUACUCACUAUGAAACUAAUGAGAAGGGAAGAUUCAUGUAUCUAUUUAUGUCAUUUGGGCAAUCAGUUAGAGGAUUCUACAAUGCAAUGCGAAGGGUGAUUGUUGUUGAUGGAACUUUUCUGAAAAAUAAAUACAAAGGAGUUCUACUUGGUGCUACUGCUGUAGAUGGUAACUAUAAUUUGUAUCCGAUUACAUUUGGGGUUGUUGAUUCGGAGAAUGAUGAUUCAUGGGGGUGGUUCUUCAGACAGUUGAAAGUGGUUAUUGCUGAUUGUCAAGACCUAGCUUUUGUCUCAGAUAGAAAUGUGUCUAUUUCUAAAGUGAUUGAGACUGUCUACCCUCAAUCAGCACAUGGAAUUUGCAUUCAUCACUUGUUGACCAAUGUGGUUGCAUUUUUCAAGACAAAAGGGUUGACUGCCUUGGUGGAAAAGGCUUCACGGGCAUAUAGGUACACUGAAUUUCAGGAACGUAUCACCGAAAUUUUUGAAAUAAGUCCUGAGCUUGGAAGAUAUCUACGGGAGGCUGAUAUGCGCAAAUGGGCUCGUUCUCUCUUCCCUGGUGAAAGGUAUGACAUUAGGACCACAAACCUUGCGGAGUCGAUAAAUUCAGUUAUGAGAAUACCUAGAGAAUAUCCGGUUAUUCCUUUGCUAGAUAGUAUAAGAGAAUUGUUGACUCGAUGGUUCAAUGAGCGUUGCUUGGUAAGCUCUAAGCAUCUUGAUCCUUUAACCACUAAGGUGGAGAAAAAGAUUGAUAGGAGAAUUGUGAAGGCAAAAGGGUUUCAAGUCUCCAAGGUUGACAACUUCAAAUCGCUUGUGAAAGGAGACAUAUAUGAUUGUCAUGUUGAUUUGGAAAGAAGAAAAUGCACUUGUGGGAAGUACAAUAUAGGAAAAAUUCCUUGCCGACACGCCAUUCCUGCAAUUUAUUCACGAGGUAUGGAAGUAUAA